UACGACUGGGGGCGAUUGACAGCAGAGGAGCAUUCCUCCCGAUCUUUCUCCGUCAGGGCAGCUAUGGCUUCGGAGGAAGGAAAUCAUCCAGCCAACGAGGUUUCCGAUGCAUUCGUGAAGCAGUACUUCCAUAUUCUCGAGCAGUUGCCCGAGGAAGCUCGCAGGUUGUACGUCAGUGACAGUGUCGUCAGCCGACCAGGUCCGGAUGGAACGAUGAUGUCUUUUACUUCCCUCGAGGCGAUCAACGAGCAGAUCCUUUCAUGCGACUAUAAGAACGCCACCUUCGAGGUGGUGAGCGUCGAUUCUCAGAAUUCAUCCGAGAGUGGGAUAUUUAUAAUGGUUAUCGGUUUCGUCACUGGAAAAGACAAACUCCGGAAGAAGUUCUCUCAGUCGUUCUAUCUCGCACGUCAAAACAAUGUCUAUGUCGUCCUCAAUGACAUACUCCGUUAUGUUGGCGAGGACGAGGCCUCCGCCCCUGCCCAAGCAGCUUUGUCUUUUCCCGAAUCCAUGCCAGUGAAUGAGAUGGCAAAGUCAGCCGAAGAGAUAAAUCAGACGAACCCGAUUCAAGAAUCCGAUGCUUCUGUAGAAAAUUCUGAGAAUGCAGCAGAAAUCACUCCUUUGGAAAAUGGAACGGUCGAGAAGUCGGAUGGAAAAGCUGUGACUGCUGAAAAACAGACAGAACCAGUGGCUGAAGCAGUUGCUCCCAAGGCAGAACAGUCUGAUGCAGCCAAGAGAUCGUUUGCCGCAAUAGUUCAAUCGAUGGCACGAAACGCCGCUCCGUUUAAAUCUCCAGUUCAAAAGCCAAAACCCGUGAGACAGACAAGAGCAGCUGCAGUUCCUCAAUCAUCUGGUUCUGUCAUGAACUCUGAGAAAAAGAAUGACCAAAAGAUUAUCGAAGAACCAGGUACUUCGAUAUUUGUGGCGAAUCUGCCAAUGAAUGCAAUGCCUGCUGAUCUCCAUGGAAUGUUCAAGGAUUUUGGUCCCAUAAAAGAGAACGGGAUCCAAGUUCGAAGCUCUAGGAGUAGUGGAAUCUGUUUCGGGUUUGUUGCUUUUGAAUCCGCUAGCUCUGUCCAAAGCGUUCUUCAGGCUGCCAAGGAUUCUCCUUUCGUGCUCGGAGACCGAAAGCUUCGGGUUAAGGAAAAACAAGUUGACUACGAAGGAAGCAAACCCUCUGGAAGAAACGGAGGUGCAAGCAAGAACCAGAACGGCUCAGCCAACGGCGGCGACCGGGAAAACUCCGGCAGGAGCCGUAGGAACGGCGGAAGAAACGGGGCAGAGAGACGAGGCGACGGUAGUCACCAGAAAGCCAAACCGGAAGGCGGUGAAGGAGCCGCCGUCACUUCCUCUCAGUCUCAAGAUUGAGUGCCUACAAAGAACAGAGACAGAAUAAGAGGAAGAGAGACAUUAGAGAAAGAAGAAAAACAGCAGCAUUUCCUUCCUCCACAAAUUCUUAUCUACAGAGAUUAAAACAGAAAAAACUGAACGGCCCUUUUGUCAGCGUUACACACUUUCUUCUAUCCCUUUGUUCUUUAGGUUUCGUUUUUUUUUUUUUUAAAUCUUUUUAUUGAACUGAAGAUUAGCUUUUGUGGGUUUUAAAUUAAAUUCUGAGUUCUUUUUGUUGUUCUAUUAUUUUUAAAAAAAUGAUA